ACCCAGGGCCUGCCGGAGCAGGGCCAAGCUCAGAAACGUGGACAUGAGUCCCCAAGCCUCCCAGUCUUCACAUCCUUGUAACAGCAUCAAGGCCACAGAGGUCACAAAUGACACCAAUGUGCAGAGUGGUGACACACCCCACCCAGGGUCACCCGACGGUUCCUGGUCAUAAUCCGAGACUCCAUGAGGAAGCAGGAGAUGCGGUCAGGUGGGGAGGCCAACCAGAUCCACGGUGCCAGCUCCCCGGCUGAGCAGGUCAAGGCCCUCGUGGACUUGCUGGCUGGGAAAGGGAGUCAGCUUGAUCAGAACCUACCAGCCCCGGACAGGACGCCGGACUCCCCCCAGGUACCCCACAGCAAUGACUCUAGGAUACAGAGGCACCGGGAGGCUCUGCUGAGCAGGACAGGAAGCGGCCAGGGGCUGGGCGGCUCUUCACACCGGCUGGCUAGCCUCCUGCUGGUGGAUGGCCUGACAGACCUACAGCUAAGGGAACACGACUUCACGCAGGUAGAAGCCAUGCGUGGGGGCUGGCGCCCGGCCAGGACCAUCCCCCUUGACAGGCUCUUCCUGCCUCUGUCCCGAGUGUCCAUCCCACCCCGGAUCUCCAUCACUGUCGGCGUGGCUGGCAUGGGCAAGACCACCCUGGUGAGGCGUUUUGUGCACCUCUGGGCCCGGGGACAGGUGGGCAAGGACUUCUCGCUGGUGCUGCCCCUGACCUUCCGGGACCUCAACACCCAUGAGAAGCUUUCUGCAGACAGACUCGUCUGCUCUGCCUUCCCAACUGUCGGGGAGGCUGGACUGGCAGCCAUGGCCCCAGCCAGGGUCCUUUUGGUCUUGGAUGGCUUAGACGAGUGCAAGACACCCCUGGAUUUCUCCAACACCAUGGCCUGCACGGACCCAAAGAAGGACAUCCAAGUGGACCACCUGAUUACCAACAUCAUCCGAGGCAACCUUUUUCCAGAUGUUUCUGUGUGGAUCACCUCACGCCCUAGUGCAGCUGGGCAGAUCCCAGGAGGCCUCAUAGACAGGAUGACAGAGAUCCGGGGCUUUACCAGGGAAGAGAUCCAGGCGUGUCUGGAGCAGACCUUCCCAGAGGACCAGACCCUCCUGGGCCAGGUCCUGAGCCAGGUGCAGACAGACAGGGCCUUGUAUGUGAUGUGUACCGUCCCGGCAUUUUGCAAGCUCACUGGGGUGGCGCUGGGUCACGUGUACCGCAGCAGACUGGCACUCCACAAUGUGGGGCUGGGGCCCCCACAGACCUUGUGUGAACUCUACUCUUGGUACUUCAGGAUGGCUCUCGGCGGGGAGGGCCAGGAAAAGGGCAAGGGGAACCCACGGAUCGAGCAGGUAGCCCACAGUGCUCGCAAGGUGGUAGGGACCUUGGGUCGGCUGGCCUUCCAUGGGCUGCUCAAGAAGAAGUAUGUGUUUUAUGAGCAAGACAUGAAGGCAUUCGGUGUGGACCUCACCCUGCUGCAGGGCACCCUGUGUGGCUGCUUCCUGCAGCGGGAGGAGACACUAACCUCCUCUGUGGCCUACUGUUUCAACCACUUGUCCCUGCAGGAGUUUGUGGCAGCUACCUAUUACUACAGUGCAUCCAAGAGGGCCAUCUUUGAUCUCUUCACCGAGAGUGGCAUGUCAUGGCCCAGGCUGGGUUUCCUGGCGCAUUUCAGGAGCGCAGCCCAGCGGGCUAUGCAGGCUGAGGAUGGAAGGCUGGAUGUAUUCCUGCGCUUCCUCGCAGGCCUCUUGUCUCCACGGGUCAAUGCCCUGCUGGCCAGCUCUCUGCUACUGGCCCAAGGCGAGCACCAGGCCUACCACGCCCAGGUGGCCGAGCUCCUACAGGGGUGCCUGCACCCCAACACUGCAGUCUGUGCUCGCUCAGUCAAUAUCCUGCAUUGCCUGCAUGAGCUGCAACACACAGAGCUGGCCCGCAGCGUGGAAGAGGCUUUGCAGAACGGGGCCCUGGCCAAGCUGACUGGCCCCAAACACUGGGCUGCCUUGGCCUACCUCUUGCAAGUGUCAGACACCUGUUCCCGAGAGAUUAACCUGUCCCUGUGCCUGGGACAGGGAGUUUUCCAGAGUCUGCUGCCCCAGCUUUUCUACUGCCAGAGCCUCAGGCUGGACAAUAACCAGUUCCAGGACCCCAUGAUGGAGUUGCUGGGCAGCGUGCUGAGUGGGAAAGACUGUCGCAUUCAGAAGAUCAGCCUAGCUGAGAACCACAUCAGUAACAAAGGGGCCAAAGCUCUGGCCAGAUCUCUGCUGGUCAACAGAAGCCUGACUGCUUUGGACCUUCGCAGCAACGCCAUCGGACCACAGGGGGCCAAGGCGCUGGCGGACGCGCUGAGGAUCAACCGCAGGCUAGCCUCUCUGAGCCUCCAGAGCAACGGGAUCAGGGAUGACGGUGCCAAGUUCAUGGCUGAGGCCCUGGCCUCCAACCAGACCCUCUGUGUGCUACAUCUACAGAAGAACAGCAUUGGGCUCAUGGGAGCCCAACGGCUGGCAGAUGCCUUGAAGCAGAACAGGACUCUGAAGGAGCUCAUGCUGUCCAGUAACAGCAUUGGUGAUGGAGGUGGAAAAACCCUGGCUGAGGCGCUAAAGAUGAACCAGGUCCUGCAGAGCUUGGACCUGCAGAGUAAUUCCAUUAGUGACACGGGAGUGGCGGCGCUGAUGGGGGCCCUCUGCACCAACCAGACCCUACUCAGCCUCAACCUUCGAGAAAACUCCAUCAGCCUCGAGGGAGCCCAGACCCUGGCUCGUAUGCUCCGCAUGAACAGCACCCUGCAGCACCUGGACCUGGCAGCCAACCUCCUCCACGAUGAGGGCGCACAGGCCAUCGCAGUGGCGGUAGGGGAAAACCACGCCGUCACAUCCCUCCAUCUGCAGUGGAACUUCAUCCAGGCCGGUGCGGCCAGGGCACUGGGACAAGCUCUCCAGCUCAACGGGAGCCUGAGAAGCUUAGACUUACAGGAGAACGACAUUGGGGAUGAAGGCGCAUCUGCAGUGGCCACCGCACUCAAGGUGAACACAACCCUCACUGCUCUCUACCUCCAGAUGGCCUCCAUUGGCACCCCAGGGGCCCAAGCACUGGGGGAGGCCCUGGCUGUGAACAGGACAUUGGAGAUACUUGACUUACGAGGAAAUGCCAUCGGAAUGGCUGGAGCCAAGGCCCUGGCAGAUGCUCUGAAGAUAAACUCCAGUCUCCGAAGACUCAGUCUCCAGGAGAACUACUUGGGGAUGGAUGGAGCGAUUUAUGUGGCCACUGCACUGGCUGAGAACCACGGGCUGCAGCAAAUCAAGCACCAUCCCGUGCUUCAAGGAUGCUGCUGCCCGGCACAAAAGAAGUUCUGCCCAGAGAAAGGCAAGGCACGACCAAAGGCAGUGGCAAGCACCUCUCCUGCCCAGGGCCAGUCCAGGCAGGGUAGAGGAACACUGUUAUGGCAGAGAAGGAAAGAGGCUGCCACCACAAGACUCAGUCUAAGCUUGAAAGCUCGGUAUCGCCAGAAGAUGUUCCAGCUUAUUUAUAUCUGAGGACUUCAUGAGCCCCAACUUAAAAACAAUGAUGAUUUCUUCCCUUAUUCACUCAUGUAGAAGUUCUGAAAUGAG